AUGUCUGCCAAGGUACAAGAGGAGAUCACUGCUGAAACACUUGUCGCGAUCGUCUGGUCUUUUGAUCUCGAUCUCUCCCGAUUAUCUCCACCCGCUUCCUCCAACUUUAUCUAUCUAUCUAUCUAUCUAUCUAUCUAUCUAUCUGAGGAGGUAAUACCGCUAUUUCGGAUAAAGUCAAAGAUGCCAAACUUUUCUCUCUCUCUCUCUCUCUCUCUCUCUCUAUCUAUCUAUCUAUCUAUCUAUCUAUCUAUCUCUUUCACUCAAUCUAUCGCUCAAUAUUUUUCUUUUUGUCUUUUUCCAUCUUUUUCAUCAUUCUAUUUCUCACUUUUUGCUUUCAUUAUUUUUAACUCUUUGAAGUCUCUUCAUUCAUACAAUUUCUCCUUUUCUCACUCAUUGCUUCUCUAUCUUUAUUCAUUUACCUCUCUUCUACAAUCUUCGUACAUUUGCUUGAUUCUCUCUUUCUUUUCUUCUCCCUCAUUCUCUCUGGGUAAUGGGCCGAGCCAAGAGACUUCCCACAAUCUCUCUCUCUCUCUCUCUCUCUCUCUCUCUCUCUCUCUCUCUCUCCCCAAUAAUUCAUCACUUCCCUCUGGUAGGAUCCAUUUGUCAGUACACUACAAUAUUUUAUCUUCCUGA